UAAUCCACUCCCACUUCCACUCACAAAAAUGAACAUAUAUCAUCCUCCCUACCCUUAAUUAAUUAUGUAGAUCCUAAACUUUACACAUGCAUAAACCUCCAAGAAAUUGCUCUCUGAUCUCCUCCUCUUUCGUGGGCUUUCAUGGGGGAUAAAAACUUCACCUUGCCACCCGGUUUCCGAUUCUACCCGACCGACGAAGAGCUCGUUGUCCACUUCCUACAUCGUAAGGCUAAUCUCUUGCCUUUCCAUCCAGACAUCAUUCCAGAUCUUGAUCUUUACCCAUACGAUCCCUGGGACUUAAGUGGCAAAGCCAUGGAGGAAGGGAAAAUAUGGUACUUCUAUAGCAGGAGGACACAAAAUAGGGUCGCGGGGAGCGGAUACUGGCAGCCUAUAGGGGUCGAGGAACAAAUAUGUUCGAGUAGCGAACAAAAGGUAAUCGGCGUAAAGAAGCAUUCUGCCUUUUACUUAGGUGAGCCACCGCACGGUGUGAAGAGCGAUUGGAUAAUGCAAGAGUAUAGACUCCCGGAUUCGUGUUCAUCAUCCUCCCGAUCAUCGCGAAAAAGAAGUUCCAAGAAGGAUUAUAGUAGAUGGGUUGUUUGUCGAGUGUACGAGAGCAACAACAACGGGGACAAUGGCGACGACGGGAAAGAGCUUUCAAGCUUGGAUGAAGUGUUCCUAUCACUCGACGAUCUUGAUGAGAUUAGCUUCCCAAAUUAAGUGAAUUAUUCAUAAAACAUUAGGGUUCAGAAGAAGAAAUAUAAUAAGAAGUAUAUCUAGGGUUUAGGUAUGCAUGUUGUGAUCCUAAAGUGUAGAAUGUCCCCAACUUUUUGCUUAAUUCAAUAUAUAUAUAUAUAUAUAUUAUACAUAUGUAUCGAUAGCUAGAAUAUAUAUAUAUGUAUGUAUGUAUGCAAUUAAUCAAGCUAAUUUCA